AUGCGAUGCUACGUGGAAGCUCUGGAGACACGGAUCAGAGACCUCGAGCGGACUGAGGAGGAAAGCAGUUUGCAUAGGCCACUUUCAAGUGUUGAAGUAUCAGCGGCAAACCAAUUACCACUCGCAGGAAGGACUCAGCAAGCAACAAUCGAGAAUGACAGUAUCUCCUCUCCACCAGCGGAUCGUUCGAAUUCAGGCAGGGAACCUGGCGAUGACGAUGAGGACGGGACGGCUGUGUCCGGGGUUGAUGCCAUGGGCACGAGUUCAACCUAUCUUCUUUAUGGAGACAAACCGGAGCAACCGGGCCCCAACUAUUUUGGCCCUUCUAGCACAGUCAGUUUUCUGUCUCUUGUCCGCCAAGUUAUAUCUCGGACAGGGAGUCCUUUGUUAUCGAAGGGCAUGUCACCUGAAUCAACAGCCCACGAAGAGAGCUCAAAAUCGAAAGGAAACUCGCAACGUCUGCAUCAUGUUACGAGCAGGUACCGAGUGACAGCAUUCCAUGUUCCUCCGCGACGAGAAGCAGAUGUGUUGAUGGCGAACUAUUGGACUUGGGUUCAUACCAUGUACCCCAUCCUUCAUAAACCGACCUUCGACACCAGAUAUCAGGCACUAUGGCAAGUGUCUGAGCAGUCUCAAACCACGCUUGAAGAUAUUCUCUUUCACUGCAGGCUCAACGUAGUGUUUGCCCUAGCAGCACAUUUUCGAUCCGAGAUCGCUCCUCUUGAUAGGAGGAGCAUGAGCGAAACAUUCUUUUCGCGCUCAGAGCACUUAUUGCCCAUGGAAUUGCUCGAUUUUGCCAAUCUCGAAAUGGUGCAGAGCCUUGUACUCAUGGCACAAUAUUUGCAAAGCACAGACAAGCCGAACUAUUGCUGGAGCAUUGUUGGACUGGCCAUCCGAAUGGCUCAAGCUAUUGGCCUGCAUCUUGAUUCUCCAGAACGAGUUGUUGCCGGGAAGAAGUACGAUCAAGUCGACGUUGAGGUGAGAAAGCGCGUCUGGUCAAGCUGCAUCCUGUUGGAUAGAGUUCUAGCAAUGACAUAUGGAAGACCACUCAUGAUGCUUUCACAAGUUUCCCAACGAAGUCUACAUCUCCCUUCACCAAUUGAUGAUGAGUAUCUUACGAACUAUCCCGAAGCACCAGGCAAGCAGCCAGAUGGGAAACCCAGCAUGAUGGCCUGUUAUUCGCAGACUCUUAUGCUGCAAGAGAUUCUUGGCGAAAUACUGUCGUCCUUUUAUCAAAAUGAUCAGACAAUUCCUCUAUCAGGCCCCUCCCCCAGGAAUCCUUCUGCCGAGGUAAGUAAUUCGACAUUGGUCAGCAGACUCAAGAACGGCGAUUUCCAAGACUUGUUUCGACUCGAGGGGAGGCUGAGCUGUUGGUAUGAUGGUUUGCCAUCGUUCCUCAAGGUUCAUCAGACUGCUUCGAACGUGCACUUUGUUCUGCAGAAUGCUGCCACUGCGGUGCCAACAGAAAUCAUUUUAACCAGGCAGGCGAACGCACUACGCACUCGAUGGCUCCAUGUCCGCCUCUUUCUCUUCCGUCCCGCGUUACUCGCAGUUCUAGACCAGGACCAGAGUCCGCUCACAGCGGGCUCCAGCGUAGAAGGAGGGCCUGGCACCUCACUUUUGCACCGAAAGAUGCUGAGUACCCUGGCCGACCUGUGUAUCCAAGCCGCUGAAGAGUCGAUCAAUCUUAUAUACAGUAACUCACUUACAGAAUUAUCUGCAUUGUCUGCGUGGUGGUACAACGUGUUCUAUCUCCACAACUGUGCAAUCGUAAUCCUCAUUGCCCUACAGUGUCCUUGUCUACGCGAAUUGAGGCAAGAAUCAGAUCUCCAGCAGACCUGGCGAAAGUGUUUGCAGGGCCUGGAAGGAUAUAAGAAAUACAGUGAUAUCGCAAAGCGAUCACACCGCGUCCUGCAAAUGAUUGACAGGCAAAUCGUCGGACAAGAGUUCGAUCGACAGCAUCCAUCUGUCGGAAUAAUUCGAUCACUUGCCGCAUCUCCUGGAGGUGGAAAUGGGAUAGAGUCGCUUGCUGGGGCCAUGCCGACGAACUCAGCGGAAGAAUCACUUACAGCCUAUGGAUGGCCCUCUGAUAUGCAAACCGACGCAUCUUUGUUCUUCCCAGAUGGAGACUUCUGGAUGGGCGACUCUGGUGACGUCUCUUGGUUGUCUACUAUGCCUUUUGUGACGGGAAUGUCCUGA